AUGAAGAAUUAUUAUAAUCCUGUUAAGCUAACAAGAUGUUAUGUUAAUCCUCAAACAAAACUGUCCAAUGCUUUAAUCAAACGUGAUAUAACGGAAUUUCGUGAGGCCUUAAAUAUUGGUGCAAAUGCCCAGGCAAAUAAUAAUCAUAAUUUAAGUACCUUUGAAAAAGCUCUACAAACGCCUGGUUGUUCGGAAUUUGUGAAGGAAUGUUUGCGCUCAGGUUGUUAUGCAAAUUAUGUCAAUAAAUUUUAUAAAAAAGCUGCCAUUAACUUUGCGUCCGAUUCCCGAGAUCCCCAAAAUUUAACAGAACUUUUAAGCUCUCCCGGUGUCGAAACUGAUUAUAAGUAUUCUGGUUUAACACCUCUGAACUCUUUGGCUAAAAAAAUUAACAAUGAAAAUGCCAACAAUGUAAUAGAGUGUAUGAAAAUAUUACUGAGUUAUGGCGCCUCUCCCAAUGAACCCGAUAAGACACAUAUGACCCCACUGCAUAAUGUGAUAAAAAAUCAUAAACUUAAUGGUUUGCAGAAAUAUGAACUCGUACAAUUGUUUUUGUCUCUAGCCAAUAUUGAUAUUGAUUCUUGUGGAGAGGGUGAGUUAAGAAGAGUAUUAGAAAGGAAGUAUCCUCUUAUAGAGUUGCCAGGUCGGAAGGUGAACAAUUUAAUAACUUCUCAUAUAGAAUUGUUAUUGAGUCACAUAAAGAGUAAUAAUAUGGAUAUGUUUAAACAACAGUAUACUGAUAACUCCCGGAAUAGCAGCCAAGAUGAAGAGUUGCAAUUGUUGGUGACAGCCAUAGAGAAAGGCGCCCAUACUGCCUUGGAUUUAAUUUUGGCCAAUGGCAAUGUAGAUUACAACAGCACCGUUAAUGGGAAUAACACUCCCAUAGAAAUAGCCUGGAUGAAUGGCAAUUGUUAUGCCUUGGAAAAGCUUCUACAGCAGCCCGAUAUAAAAAUUCGACCCGAUGAUCAUCCCUUAAGUACCAUUGUGUGCAAAUUAAAUGAAAAACCAGUGCAAGAGUUUUGCAACUAUUGGAAGUGUUUUUAUAUGUUACUGAAUUCUGAUAUAAUCGAUAUAAAUGACACCGAUUCAACCAAAUUCACCGCUCUACAUUAUGCCGUCAAAUAUCGCAACAAUAAGGCAGUCAAAGAACUUUUGAAUACAGGAGCCUGCAUUUGUCUGGGAAAUAAGUCGUAUGAGUUGCCUUUGAAUGGCAUGAAACCUUCGGUGUGGGAAGAACACUUAGAUGACUGUGUAUCCUCUAGUGAUCAUAAGUUAGAUGAUAAAGACUUUGAAAUACGGAUCAGUUUGAAGAAUUUCAUGUCUACCACGCAAAAGGGUAAGAAACAUUUGAAAGAGUUUUUAGUGCCUAUAGCAUUUAUGGCCAAUUCCAAGGAAUAUCGUUACUUAUUGCAACAUCCAGUCAUAACCAGUAUUUUAUAUCUCAAAUGGCAUAAACUUUCUUUAAUAUUUUAUAUAAACUUCCUGGCUUACAUGCUCUUUGCCAUCUCUAUUCUUUCACAUACUGUUUUGAAAUUCCGUCAGAUUGAUCUUGAAUUAGCUCGAAUUAUAUCAAGAUAUUGUUCCUAUUUGGGUAUUUCGUAUUUGAUCGGGAGAGAAUGUAUACAGUUCAUACUGUCUCCCUUGAAAUAUAUAAAAUCUGUUACCAAUUAUUUAGAAAUAUUGUUAAUAAUACUGUCCAUACUGACUUGUCAAGAUUCUAAUGAAAACUUGGAGUUGCAACGUAAUUUGGCGGUGGCGUGUAUUCUACUCUUGGCCUACGAGUUGGUUUUAUUGGUGGGCUCGUUGCCCAUCUCAUCCAUUUCUACCCAUAUGCUAAUGCUGGAAGCUGUAUGCAUUAGUUUCGUUAAAAGUUUUGUUUUUUACUCUAUAUUUAUAUUCACAUUUGCUCUGAGUUUCUACAUCAAAAGUGAUAAUCAGGGGGAGAAAAGCGAUGAAGAAUUUCAUAAAUUUUCUGAUCCUUUGGUGGCCUUUUCCAAAACUAUUGUUAUGUUUACCGGAGAAUUUGAUGCUGGCGCCUUAAAUCUUGAUACUGUCUACAACUACUUGCUUUUUCUCUCCUUCGUCUUCUUCAUGACCAUCAUUUUGUUCAAUCUACUCAAUGGUUUGGCCGUAAGCGACACUCAGGCUAUUAAAGAUCAAGCUGAAUUGAAUGAAAUCAUCUGUCGCACCCAACUGCUUUUCCGUUAUGAAGAGGCUGGCAAUUUUAGGUUUUUACUUAAUCGCCAACCAUUUAGUUCAAUAUGUAAACUUCUAGAAAAAAAAUUUCCGGACUACACGACCGAUGUUCAAAUCUCAAUUAUGCCCAAUGAUAAAAAUAAAGUUGUGGGUCCUAAAACCAUCAGAAAAUUGCCUGUGGUGCAAGUUAAGAAUUUGGAAAAUGGUACAAAUGCUGUUGUGAAUCUUCCGGAAAGCGAUUAUGACGAUGAUGAUGACGAUAAUGAUGCUAGUAAGAUAAAUAAAUAUUUUAAGUAUUGGUUUAGGAUCAUUAAGCACUGCUCAAGAAUUGAUGAACGUACAGUCAAUCAAGCCAUGCUGGUUUUGCAAAAGAAAUCUAAUGAAAGCAUAGAGAGCCGUUUGGAGGGAAUGGUGGAGAACCAAAAAAAAAUUAUGAAUUUUUUUAAAAUAGAUGACUCAGAAACAACUAAAUGGAAAUAA